CGUUGAGUUCGACAUUCGAUGAACGCACUUGUCGCCGAAAUCAACACGAUCGUCUUCACAGUUUUCGGGACGUAAUUCAAAAUUCAGUUGUCCGCAAUUUCGGUUUUGUUUCAGUUCACCGCCGCACUCGUAGCCGGAUCAACCGACAGCAUCGAUACCAGAUAAUAAAGAAAUAUGAAUAAAAUCUUAUUACCAAUCCUGGUGGUGGCCGUGGCAGCCUGUAGCGCUGUACCCAACCGCGACCGACGAUCGGAUCCCACUACUGUUGUCGCCAAAAUCGAUUCUGAAACCGAAGUCAAGCCUAAUUCCCAGACCAUUUCUACGGCCGAAGUAGAUACCAUCUUACAAUCCGGUUCGGAUGCCGAAGCCAGUUCUGUAUCCCAAACGAAUAAAGUAGAUGAAGACCUGAAACAAACAGCUGAGACCGCAAUCGUCGCAGAAUCCGGUCGAGGUAAAAAGGGCAAAGGCAAAAUGGAAAUGAUGCAUAUGGGUCUGACCUAUAUCAAAAUGUUAAUCAGCACUUUUAUGUCAGCCAUCGGCCACUUCUUACAAUUGAAGGGUGUCACUAUUGCCCUACUCAGCUUCUUGUUCCAAGUUCUCCAGUUCAUUAUGACCUAUAAGAAAUCGAAAGAAAGCAGUCCUAUGGUUAGCCCAUGGGUGCAUCAUGAACCGGCUCAGUACGAAUAUCAAAGCCCGCAACAAUACCGACCACCAUCUGGCUCUGGCUACAAUAGUGGUGCCUACCACAGUAGACGAUGAUAAUCAAUGUUGUCACACCAAACCAAAAAAUUAAAUACCUCCAGAGGUAUUAAGUGGCCAUUUUAUUAUUAAUUAAUUUAUAUUAGAUAUAUUAUUUAUUUUAUAAUUAGAAAAUGUUAUUUAAUUUCAUUUACCGUCAAAUUUUAACGACGGUAACAUUUAUGCAUAUUAUGUAAUAUUUAUUUGGCAAUUGACUAUUAUAAUUACAAACAAUAAAUUGUUUCCUAGAAAUAAAA